AUGAACAAAAACAUGUCUUCCCAGAAUUUAACCAAAUUGCCUGAUAAGGAAACAGGCACACAAAAUCGUCAACGUCUCUCGUAUGCUAAAGCUACACGUAGUCCUUCGCUCAUUCGUGAUUCUUUGAAGACACCGAAAGAUCGUAAAUACGCCGUCCACUCCAAUGUGUGGAAAGUAGGCGGCUCGCCAGCCUCUUGUCCCAGCUUGUUUUUUGAUUUCACCUCUCGUCCAGAACACCGUUCAGAAAUACUUUGCCAUAUUAACAAGAGCUUUCCCAACAACUGUGGGGUACGCCUCCACUCUGAUCACGCACGUCGCAUUGUCGAACUCUUUAUUGCCGAUAAAAAAGACUACAGCAAAAUCAAUUUCAUGGGUAUCAGCUUCCCUGACAACCAAUGCAUUUUGCCUUCGACACCUCUUUCUCCUGAUGCUCGCCUUGUACAUCUUCAGCUAAGUGACCUUCCCUUUACCACAAGGGACAAGCUAUCAAAAGGUAUCCAAACAGCACUUUCAGACUACGGCAACGUUCUUGACUAUGGUAUCCUUCGCGAUCACGAUUCUCACCUUUUCAUGGGAAAAGGCUAUGCCACUCUGGAGAUUAAUAAUGCCAACUCUGAUACAAUUCCAUUACGCCACACAGUUGCAUGGCCCAACUCAGAUGAUCUGUUUCAUGUUACGUGGGCAGAAAUGCCGCUCCAUUGCCUUCAUUGCCACCAAGCUGGUCACGCUACAUCUGCAUGUCCUAAUCGUGCCACUCGUUCUCGUGUUUGUUGGUCAUGUGGCCAAACAGGCCAUCGCGCCGCUAAGUGUUUCAACCGUAAAUCCAAGCCUGAUUCAUGCAGUCCCACGACCACACCUUUGCCUCGUUCACCUUCGUCUCAAUCUGCCAACAGCCAAUCGUCUGAUAUCUCCAUGUUAAAACUUGAUCUAUCGCCUAUUGAAAGCCAUAAUGACAAUAUCAUUAACGAGUACACACCUGAUGAUUUCGAUGAAAACAUGCCUUUGCCAACACCACAAUCCACAUCCAGCCUUCUUAGCCAUAUCCACCAUACCUACCCUAUGUCUGACCAAGCCAAACACAUCACCGCCUUCUUGACACCUUCUGCCCUUGAACUUCUUGCUGAAUCACUUAAACAAAACGGUCAACCUUUUGUCUCCUCUGCCCCAUCCUCUCAUUUCUCGGGAAGUCCCUCGCCACCGAGGAACUAUAGCCCGACUUAG